CCGCCACGCCGCCAGCGCAUGACCGUAGGCUGGGAAGUGGGUACGGGUCGCGGGAAGUACUAUCUCGGUGCGUACCUCGCUUAGAGGCUAUCUAGCCGCCGACUGGUUCCGUCUUUGUUCGGACGAUUUCACUUAGCUCACGCACGCGCACCGUGUUCGUGUACAGACACCUGCACACCAACUCGCUUGUACGUAUAAAAUGCACGUAAACUCGCACACCGACGCACUCACACACAUGCAAACUCACACACACGCGAACGGGCGCCUGGUAUUAUGUCGUUAUGUUGGUGAGCUCCGCGACCCGCUGCCCAUCCACCGAAUCCCCACCGCGCCAACGAGCUGGCAGACACAGUUCAUAUUCAUUCGACACUCGUCCGUCGACAUUGCCGCCCGUAGCUCGUUGUCCGACACGUUCCCAUCGUUCUACGGUUCCCGUUGUUCCCGAAUCGGCCACCGACAGCACUGCGUGACCCGUUCGGCGUAGUUCAUUGAAUAAUUAUUAACAUAAUAUUAUAACUUAAUAUUUAUACAGUUGUCGCUGUAGCUUGUUUUACGCCGGUUUUUUUUUUGCUUUUUUUCAAAUGCCAUUAUCACGGUGUUGUAUUAUUUUUUUCGAAUAACGUAAUUUAUCGCCCCCUCCCUUCCCACGACUCAAGGAACACUUCAAAAAUGGCUUCUGUAAUCAGCGUACCGGCAAACGAAGGGAUAAGUGUAAAAAAUGAACAUGAUGAUCCUGAAAUAAAUGCAAUGGCUCUAAAAAUGAAAGAAAAUUAUCAAAAAAAUGCAACAGCUGCAGCAAAGCAACAGGCUGCAUCUCCGGCAAAUGUUUAUAUAAACAGAGCUGGCAGAGCAGUAACAUUGACUAAUGCACCAAUUAUAACGAAUAACACACAAAAAAAUCAAGACAAAUUACCCAAAGAUUGCGAAGAUGUAGAAAGUAUUAAAGGUAGAUUUUCGUGGAAAUUAAUCGCUGGAUACAAUGUACCCUAUAUUAUACGAGUAAUCAAUGGUGAACAUUUAAAGUUUGUAUCAGUACGUAUGGCUGAAACUCAGCUACUCAGCAACUAUUUACAUUAUUUACAUGCAGAUAUUUAUACAUGCACAUCUGUAAGAAGCCAUUUUAUCACCGAGGCUGAAGCUAAGUUAUUAAAUGAUAUUAAUCAAAAGCAUACCGAAUGUAUAUACGGCAAAGAAAUGUUUUUUCAAGGAAAAGAUUAUAUUGUUCGUUUGGAAGAUGUCCAUGAAUUUUAUACGUUCAUAGAAGUAUGUUAUAAAAAAUUACUGUGCAAUAUUACUCCAGGCCGCAGAGAGAAAUGUGGUUUUAUUCGUAUUAACUCUGAAUCUGUUGUGCCAUACUGUAUUAAAGAUAACCAAAAAUAUGUCCCGCUCUUCUACUUUGAAGGUGAAACAGAAAACUUAAAACAUCGAGCUGUAAAAUUAGAAAAUUGGAACUUGGCCUACCUUAAAUUCUGCUGCAAAGUUCAGGGUAUUAGAAAUGAGUUAUUUGCCAGUGAUUCUUGCACAGUUACCAGUCUUGAUGAUAUAAAAAAUUAUUUUCCACCGGAAACUAAUUUUGAGGAAUAUUGGCCAGCGAAGGUAGUUGAUACACAACUCCUAACUAAUCAGAAGUCUACCCAUGUAAAUCCACCUGGUGCUUGGAUCAGAGCACCCCCUGAAGUGGUACCCGCUGAAAAUUCUAUCCCUCUCACAUUAACGGCACCAGCAUCAUUACCGCAGAGUAUGCCAGUCUUGAUGAACACAUAUCAAAACGGAUGGCCAGCAAACCAAAUGGUUAAUUCAUAUAGCACUCAGGCUCAGCCUCCAUCAACUCGUGGCUAUUCUAUUGCAGCCAGAAAUCAAAGCAUAGCUGCCCAGUGCUAUAAUGCGGGUUCAACGGUGUCUCAAAGCAGCAGUUUGGUAAACAGUGCGAGUCAUGUUGUACCACCACCGCCUUUAGUCCGUGCAGGCAAUUCGACACCAGUUAUUGGCAAUACUGUCUCAUACUCCAACGUUGUACCUAUUAGCCAAUGUAUAACAACUAUGUACAAUCCAAUGACAAAUAGCAAUGUAAUGUCACAUUCAAGUCAAAUGAGACAAUUCUACAAUCAACGUUCUAACAAUAAUCAAGCCCAACAACAACAGUUGCAGCAACAACAGAUACAACAGCAACAACAAAUAAUUACCACUCCUCAAACUCAGCAGCCAUAUAGUGGCCAAUCUGUGCAUGGUCGCUUAACCAAUACACAGCAGCGCAAUGCAUUAAGGAAUGCUGGGUCUGUUGUAGUUGCUCCGCCCUUAGAAAUCAUUGACUUAUCGUCCCCACCAUCCAGCCCUGUUCCUCCAACUGUGCAGGAGAAUCCACGUUCUAAUAUUGCAUGGGAAUUGACGAGAAUACCGGAACGGAUGUGGGCGCAUGACACAACUAAUAAUGCAGCAUACAAGAUCCAAAAGGCAACACUCCAAGGGAGAAUGAUACAUUGCAUAAACGCGAAGGCAUACAUCUAUUCUGAUUUAAUGGUGACAUUGGACGAUUUAGUCCAGAUGGUUUUGCCUUUGUGUACAGUCCCGAGAUGCGCUUACGUUUUAAACAAAUACUUAAAAACGACACUAUUCACUGGAAAUUCCGAGCAGUUGGCCGUGUUGCGGGAAAAUGGACGCCUCAGGUCGAUGUACCCGGAUGAUACACCCAUGGCCAUGCUACAAGAUAUCACGCAUGUUUUGCCGCAAUUAAAAACAUUGAUUUUGAAGCAUGAUGAACAAAUACAACAAUACCAAGCUGCUGCUGCUGCUGCUGCUGCCGCGGGUGGUCCGGCCAAAAGACAACGUACCAGCUAGGAAUGGGCCGGGCACGGUGGAAGCCGACCCGACUGGCAAAAGCUGGUGGCGGGCAGCAGCAGCAAUAGUAACAGCAGCAGCAGCAAUAGCGGUGGUGCCACUUCUACCCCCGCCGCCCCCACCGGUUGGUACUCGCCGACCGCGGCCGACAGCAACGAUUGGCUUAACGCCGGUGCUGGUCCGUCCCAAUCGCCGCACUCGCAUCACCCACCGCACCCGCUGAUGCAAAAUACCUACCAGAGCCGAAGCAACUGGCCGCCGCCCCCGCCCUACAUGUAAGAACUACUACCGCAACUAAGCAGCAUAGGUAAUUUGUGUGUCUAUGGAAUGUGCACUGGUCGUCGUUCCCCAUCAUCUCUUAUCGUUUUUUGUUCUCGUUAUUCGUGUUUUCUUUUGUUAUUGUCUGUAAUACAUUUCAGCGUAUUAUUAUUAUUUAUUAUUAACUGAAUUCCAGGCCAAAUAAGAUUAUGUUUUGACUAGAUCGACGACGAGAUUCUAAUUCUGAAUACCAAUAUAUUGUAUUAUGCUUGGGUGUUUUGUUCCUAUAAAUAGUAUGUGUACAUAGUACAUAUAUAUGUACAAACAACAAUUAUAUUUAUCUACACGAUUCCGUGUCGUGUAUAUAAUAUUAUAAUUUACUAUUACAAUGAUAUUAUAUAUUUUAAAUGUUAUGAUCAUUUUAGAUCUUUAUCAUUUUCCAUUAUUUCA